AUGGGAAAUGGUAUGAACAAAGUUCUUCCCGGUCUCUAUGUCGGCAACUUUCGAGACGCCAAGGACCAGGAACAACUCCGAGCCAAUAAUAUCACCCAUAUUAUAUCCAUCCAUGACAAUGCAAAGAAAGUCCAUGAGGAUAAGGAAUACCUCUGCAUCCAGGCUGCGGACACCCCUGGCCAGAACCUGACUCAAUUCUUCUCCAGGUGCAAUGAUUUCAUUCACAGGGCUCGAACUGCUGGCGGAGGGGUACUCAUACAUUGCCUUGCUGGUGUGUCUCGCAGCGUGACUAUAGCGGCAGCAUACUUGAUGUCGAUAUCCUCGCUCUCUUGCAAGGACUCCCUCAAAGUGCUGCGUGGGGCCAGGAGUAUCGCCAACCCCAACUGUGGAUUCCAGAAGCAGCUGCACCAGUUUGAAUUCCAGAAGCUGACAGAGGAGAGACGUCGUUUGCGGGACCGAUAUCCCAAAGAGUCCUUUCGCCUUGAUGAGCGGGAAUGCAAGAAGCUCCUGGUUGUCUACCACGCAACCACCAAAUCCAAGGAGCCGUGUGGGGGGGUGUGCAGGCGCUAUGGCCCACCCCCCUCCCCCAAGAGGCGUUCUCCUCACCUGGACAACCCCAGGUCGUCGUGA